UCUAGUCUUUUGGUGCUUCACCUCUAUGUCAUUUUCCACUUUCCACUUCCUCAAUUCAUAUAUUUGAUGAUAUUUUAGUGUUGUGGUCAAUACCCAAUUAGAGUUUGAGUUUGGUUUGGUGCCCCAGUUGUUGAACUUGCAUGUUUGUUUGAUUCACUUAUUAAUAGCAAUGCCCUUUUUGGUUUUGAGUCUUCCUUGAGUCAUUUGGGUUAAGCUUUUGUUUUCAUUCAAAUGUUUGCAUGGUUGAUAUUAAAAUUGAAAUGAGUUUGGCGUGAUUAGAUUAAGGUGGAGAAGGGCAAGCCCAGGAGAGAUUAAAGAUGUCUAUAGCAUUGGUAUGGUUGGUUUCCCCUAACACAAAGGUGUUGAAUUGCUCUGGGGUUUUGGAUUCUUUGAGUUUUGUUUUGGGGGAUGGAAGAGCAAAGAUGGGUAGGAAGCAGAAAUGGAAUUCAUGUUGUCUGAGGAGUAGUACAGAAGUCGAGUAUUCAAGCACUUUUGGCGUACAAAGUCAAACCGGAAUUCCCAUUUUGUCAAGCAUGGUGGCCAACCCUGCCGGAGAAAUAGUGGUGUCAUCGGAACGGAAGGUUUAUGAUGUGGUGCUGAAGCAGGCAGCCUUGGUGGAGAAGCAGUUGAGGACUAGUGGAGAUGAUGUUGAUGUGAAGCCUGAUAUUGCUCUACCAGGAAAUAUGAGCUUGUUGAGUGAAGCUUAUGAUAGAUGCAGAGAAGUUUGUGCAGAGUAUGCCAAGACAUUUUACCUGGGUACACUGCUGAUGACCCCCGAGAGAAGAAGAGCUAUCUGGGCAAUAUAUGUGUGGUGUAGAAGAACUGAUGAGCUUGUUGAUGGCCCUAAUGCUUCACACAUAACCCCACAAGCUUUGGACAGGUGGGAGUCAAGGCUUGAUGAUCUUUUCCAAGGUCGUCCAUUCGAUAUGCUCGAUGCUGCUUUAUCAGAUACGGUCACCCAAUUUCCUGUUGAUAUUCAGCCAUUCAAGGAUAUGAUAGAGGGGAUGAGAAUGGACCUUAGGAAAUCAACAUACAAGAACUUUGAUGAACUAUACCUCUACUGUUAUUAUGUAGCUGGAACUGUUGGAUUAAUGAGUGUUCCGGUUAUGGGCAUAGCACCUGAUUCGCAAGUAACAACAGAAUCUGUAUAUAAUGCUGCGUUAGCAUUAGGCAUUGCAAAUCAGCUAACUAACAUUCUAAGGGAUGUUGGAGAAGAUGCAAAAAGGGGACGUAUUUAUUUACCACAGGAUGAGCUCGCACAAGCAGGACUUUGUGAUGCCGAUAUAUAUGCCGGAAAGGUCACCAAUAAAUGGAGGAGUUUCAUGAAGAGUCAAAUUAAGAGAGCAAGGAUGUUCUUUGAUGAGGCAGAGAAAGAAGUUACUGAGCUCAGUGAAGCCAGCAGAUGGCCGAUAAUGGCAUCCCUACUUUUGUAUCGCCAAAUCUUGGAUGAGAUAGAAGCCAACGACUAUAACUUCACAAAGAGGGCUUAUGUAAGCAAAGUUAAGAAAUUACUUGCUUUGCCUAUGGCAUAUACUGAAACUCUAAUACGGCCAUCAAGAGCACCACAAUUAUCUUGAGCUUAGACCACUGCCUUUAACAUCAGAUUGUAUUGUUUGUAAUUAUAUACAUAGAUGGAAACGAAAAGUUAGUUGUAAAGUAUGAUCUGUAUAAGUACACCGACUAUCUAUAAAAAUAUGGAUAAUGAUGCUUCUAGUUC